AUGGCUGCUGCAGUGGACACCUCCAACACGGAGCUCAGCAAGCAGUAUGACACCCCUAUGGGCCUGGCUCACUCGACCAUGCAGGCUCUCAAGGACAGAAUCAAGCUUCACUAUGACCUCGCGAGUGACUACUACUUGAGUCUUUGGGGUGAACACAUCCACCACGGCUACUGGGAAGACGGCUCCGAAACAAAGGAACAGGCCCAGGUAAAGCUCAUCCAGCUCCUCCUCCAGCUCUCCGGCGUCGGCGAGAACAGCAACGUCCUCGACGUCGGCUGCGGCAUUGGCGGCACCUCGCGCUACCUCGCCUCGACCCUCGGCUGUUCCGUCACGGGCAUCACCAUCUCCACCAAACAGGUCGAGAUCGCCAACAGGCUCACAAAGGCCGAGGCGGAAAAGCAGGCAUCUUCUGCUGCUGCUGCUGCUGCUGCGCCUGCGUCAGAAACAUCCGACAAGGCAAAAGAAAUUAAAGCCGACGCCGAUGGCUUCGUCCCGCUCGGCCGCGGCAGGAUCCGCUUCAUCGAGCUCGACGCCGAAAAGAUGGGUGAUUUUUUCGCUGGACAGAGCGCUUCUUUCGACGCCGUGUGGAUCAGCGAGGCGCUGAGCCAUUUCCCCAACAAGGCGCUCUUCUUUGAGAACGCGUUCAAGGUUCUCAAGCCCGGCGGGAAGCUGGCCUUGGCGGAUUGGUUCAAGGCUGAGAAUGUCACCGAGACGGAGUUUGCGAAUGAUCUCAAGCCAAUUGAAGACGGCAUGCUUCUCCCGCCGCUUUGCACUCAGCAGGGCUACGUCGAUUUCGCAAAGGGCGCCGGGCUUUCAUUGCUCGCGGGCCCAAAGGAUAUCAGCAAGGAAGUGAGCAGGACUUGGUAA